AUGUCUCAACCAACUUCGGUUCCCAAGCUGCUCCUCCACCAUGCGGUGGAAAGCCGGGACAAGGUGGCCUUCUUGGGCCCAGGCUGGUCCAUUACCUACAGUGACCUUGAAAAGCGAACGCGGCUUGUGGCAGCUCAUCUGGCGCGGGCCGGUAUAGGACGAGGAGAUUUCGUAGCCAUUGUGCUAGGGAGAUGCUUGGAGGCGGUGGAGUCUGUGUUGGCAAUCAUGAGAGCCGGCGCCGUGAGCGUUCCCCUAGAUCCGCGUUCACCACCAGCAGACCUGGCCAGGGUUUUGGAGCACAGCGGAGCCCGCGCAAUCAUAACUGAUGAUCGGCACUUGGCUACGGUGUCCGCCGCAGCCGUCAAAGGAUCCUUGAUUAUCAUAAGCACUACGAAUGCUCAGGUGGAUGUCAUAGAAAGCCUCAAGACGGAGCGGUACCAAGACUGGGUUGAAGAUGAUGGAUACUCGACGUCGGAUGUCCACCUGGACAGCCUAGGCGAUGAGGAGGAGGCCUUUCUGCACUACACUUCUGGAACAACCAGCCUACCCAAGGGAGUCUUGUCGAGUCAAAAGAGCGCACUGUGGAACGUUGAAAAGGUCACUUCAGUGUUUGAGUUUUCCUCUGAGGACCGCUUCUUCUGGCCACUCCCCUUGUUUCACAUUCUCGGCCACUCCUUAUGUAUACUGGCCACCGUGGCCAAGGGUGCCAGCGCCUAUCUUUCGGACCCUGACCAGUUGCUGUUGGAUAACCUCUUGGUCAAGGAUGUUGAAGACACGACCUUCAUUGCAGGUGCCCCGGCCACGUUUCACGAGCUUGUCGAAGCCAAGGCGGCAUCGUCGUCGACUCUGAGUUUGCCCAAAUUGAGGGCAUGUAUGAGCGCAGGUGCUGCGGCAUCUGUUUCUCUGUGUGAUCAGGUCCAUGAGCUGUUCGGAGUGUCGCUUCUCAACAACUACGGAUGCACAGAGACUUGCGGCGCCAUUGCCAUUAGCCGGCCUGGCCAUGUCUAUCGGCAACAUGGGAGUGUUACCCCACUCCCCGACUGGGAGAUUCAGCUGAUGGAUCAAGAUGGGAAGCAAGUCCGCGAAGGCGAGCAAGGCGAGCUCUGGGUGCGCGGUCCCGGCCUGAUGCUGGGUUACUACAAAGAAACUCAGUCGCCAUUCACUGAAGAUGCUUGGUUUCCCACUGGUGAUACAGGAAUUCUCACCACUUCGGAUGUCGGAAAAGAGCUCAGCCUCGUGGGUCGGAAAAAGGAGUUGAUCAUCCGGGGAGGAGAAAACAUACAGCCAGCUGAGUUGGAACAAGUCUUGCUCCAGCACCCUGGCGUGGCAGACGUUGCUGUUUCUGGCAUUCUACACGGAUUGCUUGGCGAGACGCCUGCCGCGUUCAUUGUCAAGGAGACUCCAGACCUUGACCUUGACCUUUCCUCCCUGAUCGCCACGUGCAGAGAAGCUUUGCCAGACUACAAGGUGCCUACAGCAUUUUACGAAAUCGACGCUGUGCCUCGGACCCUUUUAGGCAAGCCCAAGCGGUUGGCCGUAGCGUCUUACACGAGCAAACCACUCACGGUUCGCUCCAGGUUACAAACAAGAGCCGCCGUCGAGGCAUUGGUUCUUGCAGAAACGGCCGGGGCCUGCGGUGUGCAAGCCGAGCCCGGGGAGAAGGAAUCGGACCCGGAUUGGCUUCGCAAAUACGCCGACGAGUCCUUUUCCCAUCUCGGCCUGACCUCCAUGGCCGGUGUCGUCCUGCGAGACCGACUGGCCAACCUCACCGGCUUGGUUGAUCUGCCCAACACCCUCGUCUUUGACUACUCUACUCCAGCGGCUGUGCGCGACUACCUAUUCAACAGGCUCAGGGAGCAGGAAUCGCCGCUCCCAUCCAAGUCAGCACCUGCACUGAGCUUGCCCAGCAAGGCUGAGCCCAUUGCCAUUAUCUCAAUGGCCUGUAGAUAUCCUGGAGGAAUCUCUUCGCCAGAGGACUUGUGGCAACUCGUUUCCGACGAGAUAGACGCAACUACUGACUUUCCGAGUGAUCGUGGCUGGGAUAUCGAUAGUCUGUAUAGUACCGACCCGACGGAACCUUUCACCUCGACCACGAAGCGCGGCGGUUUCCUGCCCGACUUUGCCGACUUUGAUGCCGGUCUAUUUGGCAUGGCACCUCGAGAAGCCCUGGCUACGGAUCCCCAGCAACGUUUACUACUGGAAACGACGUGGGAACUAGCCGAACGAGGAGGCAUUGCCCCGUUGUCGCUCAAAGGCACCCAGACUGGUUGCUUCAUUGGCACGCUGUAUGAUGAUUACGAAGCAAACGGCUUUGGCAACGCUGAAUUGGAAGCUCAUCUUGGUCUUGGAUCCUCCGGCAGUGUCAUGUCCGGUCGCAUUUCCUACUACUUUGGUCUCCACGGUCCGUCAAUAGUCAUAUCAACCGGUUGUUCGUCCUCGCUCUGCGCCGUCCAUUCAGCAGCCCAAGCUCUCAGGAACGAAGAGUGCACACUCGCCAUUGCAGGUGGAAUCACGUGCAUGGCUUCGCCCAGGCCAUUCACCAUGUUUAGCAAGCGACGAGGUCUCUCGGCCGAUGGGCGAUGCCGAACGUACUCGAGCGACGCCGCCGGCACCGGUUGGUCCGAGGGCGUAGGUCUCAUCAUGCUCGAAAAGCUCUCAGACGCCCAGCGCAACGGACAUCGCGUACUGGGCGUGAUUCGGGGCUCCGCCGUCAACUCGGACGGCACGUCCAACGGUCUGACGGCCCCGAGCGGACCUGCGCAGCAAAUGUGUAUCCAGAGCGCGCUGUCCCAAGCGGCGCUGUCGCCUACCGACAUUGAUGUUCUCGAAGGUCACGGGACUGCCACGCCCUUGGGUGAUCCCAUCGAGGUACAGGCCGUGAUCAACACCUACGGCAAUGGGUCUGGCAAUGAUCCCCGCGCGAAUCCAUUGCUGAUUGGUUCAAUCAAGUCCAAUAUUGGCCACACCCAGGCCGCAGCCGCCGUGGCUGGAAUCAUCAAGAUGGUCAAGUCCAUUCAUCAUGGUGUUGCCCCAGCAUCCUUGCACAUCCGCGAACCUUCACGACACAUUGAUUGGGAUGGGUGUGGUGUUGAGCCACUUAGCAAGGCCAAGCAGUGGCCAUCUGUGGACAGGGCGAGACGUGCAGCCGUGUCAUCAUUUGGUAUUGGAGGCACAAACGCACACAUCAUUUUGGAACAGCCUGAUUCUAUUGAACAGAAUGGCGUCUCGACGCCAAAGAAUCACACAAUUGCUUUUCCAUGGAUCAUUUCUGGCGCCGACGAAAAUGCUCUGCGCGCGCAAGCCCAGUCACUUCUGGCGGCCUGGCGCAAGUCCCUCAGUCAUGAGAGCCCGUCCGACAUUGCAUUCUCCCUUGCAACCGCGAGAUCUUCUCUCAAAUAUAGGGCCGUGGUGACGUACACCGCCGGAGGCGACUUGAACGAUCAGAUUGAAACGGCACUUACGGCUCUCGCUGAAGAUGAAUCCCAUCCCGACGUCGUGACAGGACACACCAACACCACUGGCAACAAGCCGCGUCUGGCUUGUCUAUUCUCGGGACAGGGUAGUCGGAUGCCCGAUCCCAGCGCCAUCGAGGAGCUUUCUACCGUUUUCCCCAUCUUCUCCCGCGCAUUCAAGGAGGCCUGCGAGGAAGUCAAUCAGUACCUCGAAUGUCCGCUUGAACGUGCUUUGAGUGACAGUAGCCUCCUGGACCGAACUGACUUUGCGCAGCCCGCCUUGUUUGUCUUUGAGGUGGCAAUGUACCGCCUGCUCGAGUCCUUCGAUGUGAUUCCCGACGUGGUGUCUGGACAUUCUCUAGGAGAAAUCGCAGCAGCUCACAUUUCUGGAGCUCUGACUCUCCGCGACGCUGCCAUCAUCGUUACCACCCGUUCCAGAUUAAUGGCUGCUCUAGAUGCCAAUGGCGGCAUGGUGAGCAUUGCGGCUCCUGAGCAAGAAGUCGCCGAAGAGCUGUCACGCCUGGGCAGCACGGCAAUCAUUGCAGUUGUCAACUCUGAAAAAUCGGUUGUGGUAUCCGGUACUCGAGAGGCCAUAACCGCUGUUGCAGACAGAUUUACAGAGCUAGGACGAAGAACGACUAUUCUGCGCAAUGUCAACCACGGCUUCCACUCGCCAAUGAUGAACGGUAUUCUGGGAGACCUUGAAGAAGCUCUGGCGUCGUCCAUUGGAAGUGGAACAUCCUCCAAGAUUCCGCUCGUGUCCACCGUCACGGGCAAGCUCGCCGAAGCGGCCCAGCUGACCUCUCCCCAAUACUGGACACGCCACGUCAGCGAGCCAGUUCGCUUCGCAGACUCCGUCAACGAGCUUCGCUCAAACGAACGUGUCUCGGUGUUUAUUGAAGUCGGUCCCUCUGCAGUCCUCUCUCCCCAUGUCCCGGGUACUGUCGCCACAUAUGGCACAGUCGGCAAGCUACUGAACACGCUGGGUCAAAUCUGGGCGCGCGGCGUGCCCGUCAACUGGCAGGCCGUAUUCGGUGGCGUAGGUGCGCAUCUCGUCGACUUGCCCGUCUAUGCCUUCCAGAGGCGCAAGUAUUGGCUACCAUAUAGAACCCUGUUGCCAGCAGAAUCUGUGGGGGCGUCUGGCGCCUCCUCACCGGGUCGCACUUCAGACAUUGGUACUUCUACAUUGAACCAUGGAGUGCUCUACCGGACUACAUCCAUUGCGGGGACAAACGACAUCAUCUGUGCCGGUUUCGUCUCCGCAAGCAAGCAGCCCUGGCUGCGCGACCAUAUUAUUAGUGGUCAGAGCCUUGUUCCUGCCACAGCCUUUGCCGAGCUGGCUUUGCGGGCUGGUCGCGAAUGUGCCGAUCCCUCUGGAUCUGAGCAGGUGAUUCUCGAUGAGCUCAUCAUUCUCGCACCCCUAGCCUUGUCUCUAGAGGAAGAUGACGAGGAACAAGAAUUUGAGGUACAAGUCGUGAUCAAGGAGUUGGAAGACGAAGAGAGCACUAUCCGACGAAGCAUUGACGUUUAUUCACGUCUUCAUGCUGUCUCAACCCAACCCGACUGGGUACAGCAUGCCACGGGUACCCUGAAGUUGAUUUCGUUGCCACCACCCGAAAAGGAUGUAUUUACCAAUGGCACACACGACGUAGAGAACUCCGAGGUGGAUGUUUCCAAAGCAUAUGCCAUGCUAGAAGACUUUGGCAUCAGCUAUGGACCAGCCUUCCAAGGCGUCCGCGGUGGUUGGCGUCAGCACGACAACGAGCUCUUGGUACAGAUCAACCCGCCUCAGGACCAGGACUCCAAGGCGGGCUUCGUCCUCCACCCAGCCCUUCUCGAUGCUGCUUUGCACGCUCCCAUCCUCGCAGCACCUGAAAAGGUUUCUAGUGGCCAGAUUCGACUGCCAUUCUCCUUCAAGGGCAUACAAGUCUUUGAGGCUGCCACCAGCACCUCUGGGCCAGUUUUGGCCCGCAUUCGCGAUUUGGAUGAUGAGCGCUUUUCCGUGACCAUCACGAACAAGGCAACAGGCGCAGCAGUGGCAGAGAUUUCUGAAGUCAUGCUGCGCGCAGUCCAGCCUCCCGUUGUCGAAGGAGAUUUAUACCGACUCAAGUGGACCGAGUUGAAGGCAGCUCAGACAACAAAGCCAAACCUUGUCGAUGACAUCUUCACCGUUCAAGCUCCCCGCAACGUAGAUGCCGCCGAUAUUCCCAAGGCUGUUCAUAAUGCCGUCUCGGAAGCACUCCGUGCUAUACAACAGUGGAGGACCAAAAAGGCGAAUUCUUCCGACAAAAUUCGUCUCAUCUUUGUCACUGAACAGGCGUCGCUGCACCCUGACGUCAAUGUUAUCGAUGCCGCCGUCUGGGGCUUUGUGCGGUCUGCGCAGACAGAGUUUGGUGGGGAGAAUAUCAUUCUGAUAGAUCUCGACGGGUCGGCAGAGUCACAGGAGGCUCUUCCAUCCGCCUUUGAUUGUGGACAAGAAGUUGUUGCUCUGCAAGAUGGCAAGAUCAUGGUUCCCACGCUCAGCAAAGAACCCCCGGUUCCAAGCACCUCGACAACUCUCGAUGUCAGUGGUACAGUUCUAAUCACCGGAGGUACAGGAGGUCUGGGUGCCAUACUCAGUAGACACCUUGUGCAAACCUGCGGGGCAAGAAAUCUGCUUUUGACAAGUAGGUCGGGCAUCAAGGCUGCCGGAGCGACUGAGUUGCUUGACGAGCUAAGCGCUCAAGACGCAACGGUUGUGCGUAUCGAGUCGUGCGAUAUUAGUGAUCGCGCUCAGUUGGCCACGCUACUUGAAGGCAAUCACGGACAUCCACCCAUAACUGCCAUCAUCCACUGCGCCGGCGUGGUGGAUGAUGGAGUCUUGACCUCGCUAACUCCAGAACGGAUUUCCCGUGUCUUGCAAGCAAAGGUUGAUGCUGCUUGGAAUCUGCACCAGCUGGCGCCAGAGACAACACGUACUUUUGUCCUCUACUCAUCCUUUGUCGGCAUUGUUGGAAACGAAGGCCAAGCCGCAUACACGGCGGGCAAUGCCUUCCUCAAUGCUUUGGCCCGCAUGCGCGUUGCUCAGGGACUCCCCGCAGUGUCGCUGGCUUGGGGCCCUUGGGCCAAUGAUGUCGGCAUGGCUGCCGGGGAUAAAUUGGUGAUUCCCAAUCUUCGCAUCGCCAGCGCUCAACCGGUCGUGGAUCAGCAAGGACUGCAUCUGUUUGACCGCGCACUACAGACUUCAGAGCCUGUUCUUGUGCCACUAUUGCUACGCGGACCCUUCCCCAUGGUGCCAUCCGCCGCUGCGGUGACCAAGUCCAAGAAGGCUACCGCCAAGGGCAAGGCAAAGACGGGCGCUGCAUGGCGCAAGAAGCUUGCAGCAGUCUCUCCAGAGAGUCGCUCCGAUACUCUUCUGGGUCUGGUGCGAGACGAAAUUGCCGCGGUGCUUGGAUAUCAGGGCCAGGAGCUGCCAGACGGGCCACUGUCCGACCUUGGUUUCGACUCGUUUACCUCGGUCACGGUCAGCAACAGGAUGAGAGUGCUGACGGGUUUCCGUGACCUUCCAGUGACCCUGGCACUCGACUACGAUACACCUCAGGCACUGGUGCAGUACCUGCUGGAUCGAAUCAAUGCUGAACCAGAAACCGAAAUCGAGUUGGACCAAGACGUUGCCGAGGAAGAGACAGUUUCUGGAACAAACGGUCACCAGAAUGGCCAUCAAAAUGGCACCCAGAAUGGCCAUUCCAACGGACAUGCCAACGGCGCGUCCACCAAUGGCGAUGCUACUGAUGGCAUUGACCCCGAAGAGUUCCGAGGGCUUUCCACACUUCACCGGCGCCUCUGCCGACUCGAGCAGUACACUGCCGCGGCAGACCUGCUGGCCUCUGCCGCACUGGCAAUGCCAACAUUCCCCAGCAAUGGCCGCAAACUGUUGGAUUAUGUGGCGGAUCCUCAUCGCCUGGCGACUGGUCCCGAAGUCUCGCCUGGCAACGACGCGCCCCUGCCCGUAGUCUUUAUUGCCCCCUUCUUCCCACGCAUCAAGAUUGGAGGAAUCUCGCUCAGUGUGUACAGUGCUGUAGCAGCUUCUCUGAAUGGAAAGAGGGACGUGUUUGAGCUCCCACACCCCGAGGGACAAUAUGUUCCCGAGGACCUUGACACACUGGCCGAGCUACAUGUCAGUACCAUCGAGCAACAGUUUGGCGAUAGGCCAGGCAUCAUUUUGGCAGGUUACUCUGCCGGCGGCACGGUCGCGUACGCCGUGGCCUCCAAGCUGGCCCAGGCCGGCAAACACCCCCGUCUGGCGGGCUUUGUCUUGGUAGACACAUACCUGACCAUGACGGGACGGGGCGAUCCAGACUGGCUCAACGCCUUGCCGGCCGAGGCGCUCGUGUCGCGUCUCGGAGGACCGGACAGCACAGGGGAGAGUCUGGUGGGAGAUUUGGAUCUGGCAUUGGCCAAGGUGGGCGGGUACUUUAGAACUCUGCGAGACUGGGACCAAGAGCUUUAUCCCCUACCCGAUGCACUGUCGACUCUCUUUGUGCGAGCUCUAGAUCCGUCGGAGAAGAUGCCCAAGAACGCGGAUAUAUGGCGUCCAAGAUGGCAACGGGCGAAUCACACGGUUGAGGUGCCUGGAAGUCAUUUGGCCCUUCUUGACAAGCGCUAUGCUCCGGCAAUUGCUGUUGAAAUUGAACAUUGGGCAAAGGAGCAGUUGGGGGUUUGA